AUGGACGAUAUUGCUGGGGAGCCGGGAAGGAAAGGAGACGACUCUUCCCGUGCCGUGCUGACGCCACCACGACGCGGCCCCGGUCUCCUCUCGCCCUCCUCUCCUCCGUCUGGAUCUGGUUCUAUCCCCUCCCCACCCUCCGCCGCCGCCGCCGCCGCUGUCCUCGCCCUCCCGGCCUCAGCCACGAGCCAGAUCGCCGGGCUCCUUGCCUCGUCUCGCCUCGCCGGCGAGAUGGACGGCGGCGGGGAGACGCUGCUGGUGUGGAGGAGCAAGGGCAAGAAGAGACCGCAGCAGCCGGCGGCGCCCGCGGAGAGGGGCUCCGGCAGCGGGGACAGGUUCCGCACGCUCUGGCGCGACUACCACGACCUGCUGCAGGCGACUGAGGCAAAGAAGAAGAGGCUGGCGAGCACAAAGAGGAGAAGCCUCGCCUUGCUUGCUGAAGUCAAGUUCUUGCGAAGGAAGUACCAGUCCUUUCUGAAGGGUGACUCGCAGCAGAAACAUUACAAGUUGAAGAAGCAGGCUCGGUACAUGCCAUCCCCAUUGGGAAGCAACAAGCCUACAACGCUAGCCGAUCAUGGUGCAGGGACCGAAGUGCCUUCUACCAGCAAAAACCCAAACCAUGACUUAAAUCAAGAUUCUGUUCCAAAUGACGUGGGGAAUGAUCGCCAGGGGCAACAGGGCCAUCCAGAAGUCGAAAAGUUUGAUCAGGUCAGGGUGGACGAAGAUACGAUGACAGCUGAUGUCAAAUUAUCAGUUUGUAGGGAUACAGGAAACUCUCUUGCAAGUGAAGUCUUCCUGACAAACAAACGCUUUAGCAAUGAUCAUGAAUUCUAUGAAUUGCAAGUUUGGAGUAUUGAAUUUCUGGUUUCACAGUUUAGGGUUUAA